AUGCCCCGCCGGGCUACGGGCGAGCGGGGCCGCCGGGCCGCCGCCGGGCCGCGCUCCCCAUGGGCGACGGGGCCGGGGUCGGGGCCGGGCUGGCGGGCGGAGCGGGUCCGGCCGUGCGGAGCGGCGCCGGGACAGCCCAGGCCGGCCCCGCCCCGGGGCAGCGCGGGUCCCGCUCGGCGGCAGGGCCGGGCCCGCCCCGUCCGGCGGCAGCGGGGAGCGGGACGGGCCGGCGCGGCCCCCGGCGCCACGUGGCGUCCGCGCUGCAGGCCCGGGGAGCAGGUCGGUGCUGGGGAGGGCAGCCGGGGAGCGGGACGGCACGGAGCCGGCAACGCCGGGCUCCGCGGGGCGGGCGCCCCCGCAGCGCGCUCGGCUGAGCCUCAGCGAGGGACAGGCUCCCCUAGAGCGCAGGGGAGGGCAGGCCAGCUCAGCAGCGAACGCUCCUCCCGGGAGCUGGGAACCCGAACAGCUUUUGCCAAGGCUGACUCGGGCAUGGACGGCCGGCUGCAGGCCUGGGGGCCUCACCCCCCUCAGCUCCAGGUGAUGGUGUCCCGGACACCAGCCCGAGGCCCACAUCCGCAAAAGUGUGGGCUCCUAGAGGAGCUGCCCGGGGACAGCUCUGACCCUGGCCUGUGUGGGAGCGGAGCCUUGGCCGCCCACCGCCUUCCUCGGGCCAGGGUGCUGGUUACACAACCGCAGGAGCAGUACUGCACACUGGGACUUGUAGUCUUGGGGGAUCUCAUCGUCCUCCGCGUUGACUCGCGCCCCAAGCAGCCUCCCCACGGGCCCAGGCUCUCUCCUCGCUGUUCAGUUCGGGGCAAGAGCUGCACUCCAGAACUUAGCACCCGAGCCGGUUGUGCUCCCAAAGCUGCCCCGUGCAUUCCUGUCCGCCCGCCCGUCCGGCAGUAG